AUGAACGAAUAUGUUGCAAGCUAUUUACUCAAGAAUAACUUUAUGCUCACUGCAUUAGAGUUUUAUCAAGAGUUAUUGGAAGAGGGUCUUGAAUUGAAAAUCCUCAGAGAUUACUUUGAAAAUAAGGAAUAUAAAAAUGUACAGGAAAGUACAAGUAGCAAUGGAGGCGGUAUGAUGAUUCAGGUCGACUCCGAACAUACCAAAGCUCUUGAAGAGCAAUUAAAAAAGAAGGAUGAAAAGAUCUCACUCAUGGAAUAUGAAAUUAAACUAUUACAGUCCGAUAUUGUUAAAUUGAAGGGACAAAUGAGAGAGGCAUUCACAUCAACUGUGAAACGAUCUCACUCUGAAAGCGAAGUGAGUGAAAACGGAGGAGAAGAAUCGACGAGAGAGGAUGGAAUAACAUCCCCACCCACAAAUCAAGAACAAAAUGGAGAAGGAUCAGCCGAGAGCAAAAUGGCAUCGGAACCUUUAACCAUACAAGAAAAACAAGUUAUUAAUUACCUCAUCAAGGAUUAUUUGACACAGCAAGGAUACAAGAUUAGUGCAAUCAGUUUCUCUGACGAGGUGCACGAGAUGGACAUGUUCAAUCUUGAUGAAAUGCUUCCCAAUCAUACCAAUGAAAAUGAUCUUCCUCUAGGAUUACACUAUUUGUACAGACAUUAUUAUAGUUCUGGAGACAAGACAAAACAAAACAUGAAAGACACAAAAGCACUUCGAGAAGCACUUUCUCAAUUGGAAGCCAAGGAUAAACUCAUUCAGAAUUUAGAGAAAUCUAUACAGCGUCAAGACAAGACGAUAGAGAAAUUGAAAGCUCAAAAUAAGGCACUCGAACAAGACAUGUCGAACAUUAAGCAAGAAAAAGACAGCAGAGACACCGAUUCAAUUUCGAAUGAUGUCAUGGUUUUGCAAGCCAAAUUGAGAGAAUAUGAAAACCAAGAAUCAAGCAUUGUGCAAAUUGUUGGAGAAAAAUUGCCAACUCUUUUGGCAGCUGUUAAAUCAAACGAGAGACAAGAAUUCAUGCCCAUUCUUACAGCUACACUACAAGCACACCCUGAUGCAGAAGUGAGGGAGACUCUUUCCGAGGCGUUGUUUAAUCUCGUCAAGAAGCCAGACGAACAGGAGCGCCAAAUGAUCAUUAACGGAUGCAUUACUUUGGCAAGACGUAUUUCUCCUGACCGAUUUGAGAAAGAAAAAGAAAAGAUUUUGGUUGCCGAGGCAUGUGGUGAACUUGCACAUUAUGUUAAGGCCUCUCUGAGACCAACCAUGCUCUUGUCUACUCUUGCAAAAUUAAUGGAAGACAAGACCGAUGAGGUGAGAGAAUCUGUGGUGAUCAACUUGGCCAAACUCAUCUCCACUUUCACAGAGGAAGAGGAUGUGGAAAGUAAGAGCAAGUACUUCCAAAUUGAAGAGAUGACGCUCAAAUUUUUAUACGACAAGGCAGAAACAGUGGAGUCAGCUGCCAUUAGACUUCUUGUUCCAGCACUCAUUACGUGGUGUUUCAAUUUUGACUAUUUAUUCGAAAAGUUUGCUCCAACUCUUUUGAGCAAUAUUGAAAAUUUAAUCAAAAAGAGACUUAAAAGUGGUUCCAGUGCAAGUAGUGCAAAGAUUGUCGUACUCUUAAAAUGUUUUGGUGGAGUUAUUCCAUACCUUCACAAGAUGAUGCUAAAUACCAUGCCGGCAGAUAUGAAGGGUGAGGUCAAAGAUGAACCAACUCUCAGGAAGAUCAUGGACCGAUAUAUUAAUGACAAUCCUCUCUCUGAAUUGGAGAAGACCAAAUCUGCUACAUGGAAAGGUUUAUAUUGGUUGUUGAAUGUUUGUAUUCGAAGAUUGUUGUCCAUUGCUGCUUCGGUUCAUGUGGAACAUACUAAUAUUUGCAAAGAAAUUUAUUUCCUCUUCAAUUCACUUUGUGAAACAUUCGGAGAACCAACUAUAUCUAAAGUGUUUGAGCUCAAAAUUAUCACAUUACUUGAGACAAAUUCUGAUCCAAUCGUAGACGGUACCAUUGAAGUGGUAAAGAAAAGACAAGGACGUUGA